UUAGCGCAUUGGUACGGUUUUCGUGCUAUCUCCCAGGAGUCCCUCUCCCUCACGACGACACAUGACUGUGUAGCGGGGGGUUCAAAGUGUCCGCAAAAGAGACUAUCCGGACAUCCGUUUGGUCCGUUAAGUGGAUUAGAUUUCCGGAGCAACCUUCUUGGCGGAGCUGCUUGAUCUGGACACACCGUGGACGGACAAAGCGUCCUCGAAUCCUAGCUUACGGGGUUGAUGAAAGGAUAAUUCAAUUAUUCAGAGACGCGCGCGUGUGUGAUACGGUUAUCAAGUGUUCUCUGGUGUGCUACUGUUCUGGGGCUGUAUUCCGUAAACAAGAAGCGAUGACGACGUGAGAAAGUGCUAAGAAACAGGAGCUAUGAUUCGGGUCGAAAUGUGAAAAAUCACACCCUUUCGGGGAGCUUCACUAAAAAAAAAGAACCACGUAGUCGGAUUAGUCGAAAACAACGUUAAUCGGAGUGGGUUUGUUGAGUGGGUGUCGGUGUUUCGCUACCGGAACAAGAGUGCUAGGAAGGAGUCACAAUCCAAGGAAAUUGGAAUCUGUAUUAUGGAAACAAAUAAGGAACGAGCAAGAAUUUUCACCGAAAUCUUGAAGUAUUAAAUGCUAUAGAAACUGCCAUUCAUUUUGUGUGGGUGUAUCUCGUAAUAGUAGGAAAAUAUUGUUACACAGUGUUUGUAUCUACGGCAAAUUGUCAAUAAUACGGGAAAUGUUCUGAUUCGUUCCUGUCACAGCUGGAAUACUUGUGGUAGGUAAUUGUGUAGUGCUACGCUAUCCGCUUUUCGAAAGUUGAAAACCAACUCCAUAGACCGUCCUUUCCGGGAAAUUUUACCAGUAGCCGUCUCGGUUUCUUACGGAAACAUCCGCCCAUCUGUUACCCCUUGUGAAUAGUAGGUACUAAACAAACCCAAGCGUCCUAAACUUUUUUGCAAAGAGAGACGCCCCCUGGAGUGAACAAAGUUAAGUUUUUCCAACUUAUCAACGGUGGGAAGAAAAAAAAAGAUAAAAAGAUUUAGAGAAGUGUCUGUGUGCAUACGAAAUAGACCUCGUCUUUUUUUUUUCUCGCCGAUUCAAUCCGGCUCGUAUGCGACUAAGCUUUCGAGUGUGUCUAUUUCAAUCUUGUGUAUGAUCCGAUAAAGAAAAACGCCUCCACUCCAGCAAAAAAUUACCGGAAGUUUUUCCGAGUGGUGUCGGCACAGUGGAAAUUCCUCCGCAAACCUGCGUGUUUCUCCCGACCGUAAUCGAACCAAUGUCGGGACACAGAAGCAAGUAGAAACGGCAGUCAGCAGCCAUUGGAACGAUAUUACAUCGAACAACGGAAUUCGGUAAUUUCUUGAUUGGUUCAAUGCCAAAAAUUUGGCGGAGGGGACAAAAGUUCGGAAAAGGAUUUUGAGCUAGCACGGAAACGAAAGACGUCAUAGAGCGAUUGAAAAGAAGAUUCGAUCUACCAAGCAGACCAGUGACGGUGCGGGCUGUAGUGCUGCGACGAAAGGUGGAAUCCUGAAUCGGUCCCAGUAGGAUUCGACCCCUUUUCGGUGUCUGAAGUGAGAUUCUUUGAUAUAGAUUUUGAAUUGAAUUCGAGAAAGUGUUCGUUGAUCAAGGAUAACACAUUUAGAGACAGACGACACGGCCAUUGAAAGAUUUCGUCGGCCCAACACUCAAUCGAUGAGCCACCGAUGGCAGCAGGCCUUGCCGGUCCGAUGCGAUAAGCCGCACAAAUUUCGGCAAAGUGGCGACUAAGAAGGGAUGGAAUCUUCGGGUCAGUGGAUUGGCCAAAUUUUUCCUGCCCACAGUAUCGUGCAACCACCGCCAAUAUUUGCCCAUAUUUCCCAAAACGAUGCUCGUUUGCUCACUCGAGCCACACUCGAACUGACUAUCCGGACGACGAUUCGGUCACCAGUGGGAGGCAGCAGCCGUUGCCGGCGACGUCGUCGGCGUCUGUAUUAAAUUGAUCCUUUCUACAAAGGCUCCGGCAAAACUAGAACGGAAGAGGGUUGAAGAGAGGGUAGUGAGCCUCUCUGAUAAGAACCCAAAAGAACACUCAAUAUCAGUAGAGUAAGCGGUAGCAAAUUGAAAUAUCUGGUUGGUGCGGUAAUCCUCGAGCACACGCCGAUGCGAACAGCUGGCUCGCACUGAAAAACUCUGGGAAACAGAUACUCGGACGGAGCAGCUACGUUGUCAUCAUUGGCAAACCCACAAAAGCCCCGCAACCCAAUGCUUUGGACUAGCGGACGACGAAGAAGGCGACUGGAGUCCCCGAGUGGGCUGGUCCAUUUGACGAAAUGGUGCACGACUCUGUUUAUCAUUUUGGAAUCUACGAGCGUUGGAAAUGGCCUAAUUACUUCAACACCAUUGACGGCCGAUAUGAGUAGCAGUUCUACUCCCGCCCUGACCGGGACAUCACCAACACCGAUUUCGAAACCAAGCAGCACCAGUAGCAGCCAUGGGGAUAAUACCGAACGGAUGCAACCACGAUUCGAAGCCCUGGUACAACCCCUGCCACGUGGUUUCGAUGAUGGCCUGGUGCCAGUUUCGUCCGUUGCUCCAGCAUUCGAUCCGUUGCUCCUGCUCGGAGGGUUUCGCUUUCCGGCCCAACUGCACCCGGAACCCCUUCCCGUCGGGGUAAAGACAAGUGCGAAUCCCAUCGGCAGCAGUGAAAAACAACCCUCACGAACUAGCUCAAUGGUGACCGGUGGUAAUAAUGGGGCCAGAUUGCCUCAACAGGGUGCCAAACCCAAUCUAGUUAAUUUAGGUGAAAGUAGCAGUAGUGGCAGUAGCAAAUUCAAAGGUGUUAGUUUAAGCCUAGGCGAUAAGACCGCUGGAGGGGUUACCGUUGCCAAAGGAAAAUCGAUCGUCAGCCGGGCCAGCAGUUCCGGCGGUAGAAACACGGUUCACGGGGCACUGCCGUCCGAGUCGGAGUCCGGAGCCAAUCGGAUCGACGGUGACCAACGGGACAUCGACGGGAACUUUAGCAAAAUGUUCUUCGAAACGGAGAACCUGACGGCGAUAUCAUCGCAGGUGGGAUCGAUUGCUGUUCUGCCGUGUGUGGUGCGGAACAUCGGUGAAGGCGUGGUAUCCUGGAUCCGGAGGAAGGACUACCAUCUUCUGACGAUCGGGGUGACAACGUACAGCAGCGAUGAGCGCUUCAACAUCAUCCGUUCCGAGGAUUCUGAGGAAUGGCCACUACAGAUCAAAUACGUACAGUUACGCGAUGCCGGCCUGUACGAGUGCCAGGUCUCAACGCAUCCGCCAACCUCAAUAUUUAUCCAAUUGGAUGUCGUAGAAGCAAAAGCGGAAAUUUUCGGCCCAUCGGAAAAGUAUCUCAAACCGGGCUCGACAUUGCGGCUCACCUGCCGAGUCGUCCAGAGUAACGAACAGCCGCUCUAUAUAUUCUGGUAUCACAACAAUCGUAUGAUCAAUUACGAUGUCCAUCGGGGUGUGAAUGUGUCGACCGAAGCCGACAACAGAUUCUCGGAGCUGGUGAUAACUCACACCAACACCCUCAACUCGGGAAAUUAUUCCUGUGUAUCGAACAAUGCUGUUGCGGCAUCCACGUUGGUACACAUUCUAAACGGUGAAAAUCCAGCCGCCAUGCAGCACGGAGAUCACGGUAACGGAGUCCUGGCAGCCGCCCACAUCUACUUGCUGGCGACAAUUGUUACAUAUCACGUCAUCAAUUCGUUACUGUGUGCCCAUUAAGAGAGCGUGUAUUGGCAGAGCGAACAACCAAAAAAAAUGAAAAGGAAUGCGCACCCGUUUAUGUACAUGCACGGAACUUACGGCCAUACCAGAGGGGCCUACCGAACGAGACUAGAGCGUGAAACGUUUGUUUUGUUUUUUUCGUUUGUUUCCAUGCUUUUCUCAACUCUCAACUCUAAGCGAUCUAAACAGUUACUUUUCGCCACCGAACGGUCCCAACUGCGGGGCAACAACAGAGGACUGAAAUGGUAAGAAAGGAAAUGAGCAUCGCUUCAGGUGUUAAAAAGUACCGUGAGAUAUGAUAAUGACAAAUGAAAAUAUAAAUCCCACAACCCACGCACAAGGGGAAAAAUCCCUUUGACAGCAGAAGCCCCUUUGUUGAGUGAACAGCGAAUGAAGAAAAAAAAUCGGAAUGGAAAAUGGCUUUUAUAACAAUUGUAUGGAAAAUAGCUAGUAGAGAAUAAUGGCAUACAUUGAGAACAUUGAGCUGAGUUGGGUGGUCGGUGCAAUCGCGCGGCAGUCUGCUCUCAUUCGCACCGCGUGAAUUGUUUUAGAGCUAUAAAAUUCUGGCAAUUUGGUUUUAUGGCAACCAGACACAAUGAAGGUAGAUCCACUUUUCCAGCGUUAUGAAUUGCUCAGUAUUUUCUAAAUUCAAAGAUAAAAGUCGCUUUAAGCUUUUGAUCUUCUGUGUAGUCGAGUUUUUUUAUCUCGAUUGUUUCAGAACUAUUUUCACUGUGCUGCUUUUAUAAUCACAUUUUUAUUACUUUCUCAAAGGUUUCUAGUUCCCAAAUCCAACACGUUGCUGGGUAUGUAUCUCAUAGUCAAACAGAACUUAAUGUUUUUCACUGGACAUUUUUACUGGAAUUCAGCGCAGUCAAAAUUAUUCAAAGAUACAGUUUGGUGAAAUUAGGGUUGUCUCCUACAUGGACCUAAAUCCGCAGUGUUGAAUCAGAAAGCGCUUAAGUAAAUGCUAUUGGACCGCAGAAAUGAUCUGUC